AUGCUUGCUAGGAAGGAGGAGGAGAACCUUGCUGUGAGGGCUUCCACGUCUAGAAGCCAUCAAUGGGAUCAUAUCCCUGACGUAGUUUGGAAUAGAAUCUGGUCUAUUCAAUCCCUUCCUAAAAUCAAAGUUUUGCUGUGGCGUUCUUGUAAUGAAGCUUUGGCUACUGGAGCGGGGCUUCAGGCUCGUCGUGUGAACAUCGAUCCAAGCUGUUCUAAAUGUGGUUUUCAGUCUAAAAAUGGUGACCAUAUUCUCUUCGACUGCCCCUUUGCUCGAAAUGUUUGGUUCGGUCGUCCUCUUCAAUUCUCUCCUCCUGAAAGGCCGAGCUUGGUGGAUUGGAUUUAUAGCUGGAAUGUUUGGUUCAAGCAAGAUAAAAAGAUGGCUCGAGAAGCUAUCUCUAGAGCUUCUUUCAUUUGUUGGUACCUUUGGCGUUCCCGAAAUGAGCAGGUGUUUAAUGGCAAGACUUGGGAUCCAUCGGAUGUGCUUCAAAUGGCUGACAAAGCUUUCGUGGAGAUUUCUAAUGCUGUCCGAUUUUUAGGGGGUGUUUCAAACUCCUCUUCGGUUGGCUUGGGGAACGAUAGUUCUCAUCGAUGUUCUUUUUGGACUCCCUUGCCAAAGGGCUCGGUUAAAGCAAACUGUGAUGCGGCUUUCACUGCUGAGACGAGUAGGGGAGGACUGGGAAUUAUUUUUAGAGACCAUUCUGGUGCUUUGAUUAAGGCUCGUUCCAUCCCUCUUGUUCUUGGUUCGAUCAUCCAGGGAGAAUGUUGGCAAUUCGUGAUGCUCUACUUCGGCUUUAGAGCUGGGAUAUGA